UAAGGCAGCCGCAGCAGCAGCAUCGUCUGUAGCUAGCACACACACACUGACAGUCGCGCGGGCUGUUAGAACGCCGACGCUAUCUGGUCUCGCGCACUCAGGACGCGCUGCAAUCAAGAUUACUUUGAAUAUUCUCUAUUUAGGCUCUCCAGAACAAUUUCCCUAUUCUCUUCGACCUUAAUAGGUUAUAUAUUGUAGUGCGCUGGCACGGAUGUUCUAUUAGGCUACUCUGCCGUCUCUUGAUGGUGAAAAUACUCGGGAGGUGAAUUUGUAUCCAACUGUCAACGAGAGUGGAUGACUCUGGUCGACCGCUGUCAUCUUGAAGUUGUCUUUUUGAGCAUCCUACGGACUGUGAAUUGUGAUGUUCUUGUGCCAUUUUCGCGCUGCUUCACCAGGUUGAGAGGAUAGUGUUUGAGUUGGAGAGAUUUUAACGCGGAAACCUUGUGCAUCACGGAGACCAGGAGGAGAGGUACCGUCAGCGCCAAUAACACCUGCAACAGAACGCGUCUCCGUUUCUUCCAUAUAUGGUGCAACACCAAAACUGGAACCUUGGAAUAAUCCUACAGAAAACCUGUCAUCGAGAAUAAAUCUGUUUUAAAUUCGCUGUGAUAGGCUACAAUCGGGUCGAGGUUGCUCGCUGCUAUUGAACCCCCUACCUAGGCUACAUUUGCUGUUUUACUGUUUGGACCAUUUGAAUAGGCUACUAUAUUCUCCUCUCGGCUCGGACGCCCCUGAAUUUGCGAUGCUUGGGCUGUGAGAGCUGGGUGGGAUCUUAUUUGGUCGUCCUGCACGCCACAGUAGCAUGGCACCGUCGCGAAGGCACUGCGGAUGGGAGAUGACGCCUCUGUCGGGAUGCCUGCUCCUGUCCAUCUUGGCGUUUCAACCUGUGCUAGCCAAGGUCUGCAAUGACUAUACGAGGCACGGUCAGGACAACAGCUGGUUCUCGGGGGAUGAUGAGAAGUUGCCCAUCAUGGUGCUCAUGCCGAUGAACGAGUCGGCGCUGAUGAGCAGCAUUAGUCAGGGCAUCGAGCCCGCUGUCCAACUGGCCAUCCAGCACAUACGAGAGUCACAGAAUUACAAGUUUUCACUCAUCACCAAAAUCUACGACACCGAGUGUGACAACGCCAAGGGAUUGAGGGCCUUCUUCGACGCCAUAUGCUACGGACCCAAACACCUGAUGAUCUUCGGAGGGGUGUGUCCUUCUGUCACAUCCAUCAUCGCUGAGUCACUGGAGGGGUGGAACCUGGUGCAGCUCUCCUUUGCGGCAACAACUCCUGUUCUGGCCGACAAGAAGAAGUACCCCAACUUUUUCCGGACGGUUCCGUCGGACAACGCUGUGAACCCAGCAGUGGUCAAGUUUCUCAACUUCUACAACUGGAGCCGCGUGGGGACCCUCACACAGGACGUUCAGAGGUUCUCAGAGGUGAGGAAUGACUUGACCAAUGAGCUGGAAAAGGCAGACAUCCAGAUCGCUGACACCGAGAGCUUCUCCAACGACCCCUGUGUCAACGUCAAGAAGCUGAAGGAUAAUGACGUAAGGAUCAUUAUCGGACAGUUUGAUGAGAACCUGGCCUCCAAAGUAUUCUGCUGUGCGUACAACCUGAACAUGUAUGGUAGUAAGUACCAGUGGAUCAUACCAGGCUGGUACCAGGGCAACUGGUGGGAGCAGGCCAACUCCACCAACUGCACCACCAGGAAGUUGCUUACCGCUAUGGAGGGAUACAUCGCUGUGGACUUUGAACCCCUCAGCGCCAAACAGGUCAAGGGGAUCUCUGGAAGGACACCUAAAGAGUACGAGAGGGAGUACAGUAAAGAGCUACAGCAGAAGGGGGUGGAGCCCUCGAAGUACCACGGCUUCGCCUACGACGGGAUCUGGGUGAUAGCUAAGACCCUGACCCGCGUCAUGGAUUUACUGCAGCACAAGGAGAGGCAGGACAUGUACCACAACUUCACCGUGGACGACCGGGAGGUGGGCAAGCUGGUGCUGGACGUCAUGAACGAAACCAACUUCUAUGGUGUCACGGGCCAAGUCAUGUUCAGGAACGGAGAACGGAUGGGUACCAUCAAAUUCACACAGUUUCAAGAGGGGCAGGAGGUGAAGGUUGGAGAGUACAACGCUAUUGCUGAUGUCCUGGAUCUCAUCAACAACACGAUGAGGUUCCAAGGGGUGGAGCCUCCUAAGGACCGUACGUUUGUGCGUCUGCAACGUCGCAACAUCAACGUACCCCUCUACAGCAUCCUGUCUGUUAUCACCAUCCUGGGCAUGCUCAUGGCAGGGGCCUUCCUCUUCUUCAACAUCAAGAACCGCAACCACAGACUGAUCAAGAUGUCCAGUCCCUACAUGAACAACCUUAUCAUCCUGGGUGGAAUGCUCUCCUACUCCUCCAUCUUCCUCUUCGGCCUGGAUGGCGCCUUGGUGUCCGACAAAGAGUUUGAGGCCUUGUGUACUGUGCGAACAUGGAUCCUCAUUGUGGGCUACACAACAGCGUUUGGUGCCAUGUUUGCCAAGACCUGGAGAGUCCAUGCUAUCUUCAAGAACGUCAAGAUGAAGAAAAAGAUUAUCAAGGACCAGAAGCUGCUGAUCAUCGUGGGUGGGAUGCUGCUGAUUGACCUGUGCAUCCUCAUCUGCUGGCAGAUCGUUGAUCCGCUGAAGAGGACCGUGGAGGAGUACAGCUUGGAGGCGGACCCCCAGGGGCGGGACAUAGCCAUCCGACCCUUCCUGGAACACUGUGAGAACACACACAUGACCAUUUGGCUGGGGAUCGUUUACGCAUACAAGGGCCUGCUUAUGUUGUUUGGGUGCUUCCUGGCUUGGGAGACGAGAAAUGUGAGCAUCCCGGCCCUGAAUGACAGCAAGUAUAUCGGGAUGAGUGUGUACAACGUGGGCAUCAUGUGUAUCAUCGGGGCGGCCGUGUCCUUCCUCACGCGAGACCAGCCCAAUGUGCAGUUCUGCAUCGUGGCUCUGGUCAUCAUCUUCUGCAGCACCAUCACUCUCUGUCUGGUGUUUGUGCCAAAGUUCAUCACGAUGAGGACCAAUCCAGACGCAGCUACUCAGAACCGGAGGUUAAAGUUCAACACGAACCAGAAGAAAGAGGACUCCAAGACGUCCACUUCAGUGACGAGUGUGAACCAGGCCAACACGUCCAGACUGGACGGCCUGCAGACCGACAACCACCGCCUCCGCAUGAAGAUAACAGAGUUGGAUAAGGAACUGGAAGAGGUGACCAUGCAGCUGCAGGACACCCCAGAGAAGACCCCGUACAUCAAGCAGAACCACUACGGAGACGUCAACAACAUCCUCAGCAUACGCAACUUCACCGACGGCAAAGAGGGGGAGAAAUCGAUAGUGAAGAAUCAUCUUGAGCAGAAGCCUCAGGCCCAGUGGGGCUCCAUGGAUCCUUCCAGAAUAAACAGAGGUCCUCUGGAGGAUAUCAACUCACCUGAACACAUACAGCGCAGGCUGUCGUUGCAGCUGCCCAUCCUGCACCAUGCCUAUCUACCCUCCAUAGGGGGGGUGGACGCCAGCUGUACCAGCCCCAACGCCAGCCCUGGCUCUAGCCCGCGGCACAGACACAUGCCACCGUCCUACCGGGUCAUGGUCUCAGGCCUGUGAGCAUCAGUCUCCCCUGGCGCUUCCAAGAAAGGACAUCUGUGUUUUAAAAACAACAAGCAGACCCUAGCUUAGGCUGUCAGCAACAUUGGAAUAAUAUGUGUGUUGGACCAGGGAGGGGGAAGUUGGUUCCACUCGUCAUGCCUCGGUCUCUAGAACCAUGGGCGGGAAGGGAAGGGGGGAGGGCACAGGAGGACCUUACAAAUGACACACGAUCCAGAGGAACAACCUCCUUUGGUCUCACCCCACCACCUCAACAGCAGAGGACCUGACCAGACCUGGGGUGGAUCUGCUUCGGAGGGUUUAUGUUGUUGUUUUUAUUUUGUCAUACACUGGACUAUGUGUGAGCCCGUCAAAACGUGAGCAUUUCAGCUACGUCAAUGCCUGGGAGGCGUUACUAUAGGAACAAAAGAGUUCCAGACCGGACUGACGUAGGAUUCAUCAAAAUUCACCAUUGUGAACAAGCAUGUAAAUAGCAUACUUUCUGACUUUGACGUACCGUUAGCUUUGAGUAUGCUGUGA